CCUCGCCAUCAUCGUCACCAUCAUAUUACCAUCUUCACCACAGCCCAAACUCGCACAUCCCCUAAAUUGAAAACACACGACGACAGAAAAGCAGCGAUAACAUCAGACCAAUCUGUACAGAGAUGGCGACCGAGUGACACUCGUCAUCGGGAAUUUUUAAGUGCAGUGCCGAUGGAGGCCAAGACGGCGGAAACCAGCUCAGUCAAGAAGAGGAAGGUGGAAGUUGCACAGUUGGUCAAAUCCAAACUCGUUCACCUCGACAAGAAGCCGAGACGUAGUGUUGAAACCAUAUCGAAAGUAGCAGAGGGAAGAGAGUGUACUGAUGUUGCUACUGUUCGGGAACCAAAGGAGGAAGAUGAUGACGCUGUUUGCGCCAGCCCUAGGAGCUCAGGCUCCGAUGAUCACGUCGACGACACCUCCUGUUGCUCUAGUAACGGCUCGAGUGAGCUGGUGGAAGAUGGACAUAACCUCAAAUUCGUAGAUCUGGUGGAGGAUGACGGUGAUGAUGUUGAGAGUGACGAAGUUGAAUCGCGGACGUAUAAUCCACUCAGAGAAAGGAGACAGAUGACGCCUUCUAGCAACAUUCAACCUCAACCAACGCCGGCGGAACCUCGGCGAGGUUCCCCGGCAGAGAAAAUGCCUACAGAAUUGGAGCUGGAAGAAUUCUUCACGGCGGGCGAGAAAGACAUCCAAAAUAAAUUUUCACAGAAAUAUAACUACGAUCUAACGAAGGACGAGCCGUUGGAAGGACGUUACGAAUGGACUCGAUUAAAGCCAUAGAAGAAUCGCCAUCAACAUAUUGAUUCUCAUGCAUAUUGUAGCGUCUUUUUCUUUACUUUUUAAGAAAAUUAUGUACAGCUAGCUAGCUAAAUGUCUUAAGUUUAUGAAGAAGGCCGGGUCGACGAAGCUGACAGAGCUUUGUUCAGUGUACGAGUAGUAAGACACCGUUUUCCUGCUGCAGAAUCCCGAUUUGGAAGAAGUAGAAGAGAACAAAGAGCUAGCUAGGUUGAACAGCAAAAUCUUCUAGAAAAUUUAUUGUCUCACUCUGUGCCUUAAAUUUGGUGUCUCUUUCUCUAUCUGUUACUGUUCUUCUUCCUUCUAGGUACUUCUCUGUGUGUACCAACACACGCACACACUGCAGGCAAUAAUUUCAGUAUUUUUCGGCGUCGAUUAUUUAAUAAAAUAGAAAGAUAAAAAGAAAUGUAAAUUCUUUGUCUUUUAGUAAUAUUAUUUUAUUUUCCGUA